AUGGGCAAACUCAGUCACAUUAAGGAUGGUUACGUUGUCUCAUACGCAGCAUGGCUCGUUUGUGGGCUAGUGAUUCUCGCCCUCCUGCGAAGCAUUGUCAAGUUGAUUGUCGAAGAAAGGAGGAUUAAGGGCCAUGGAGGGCACGCGUCUAGAUUCAAAUCAUACACAGCGUUUGGCGUGUUGUCUGGCUUGCAUUUUCUGUGGUCUAUCACCACUCACGCCUUGCAGGAUCAAAACCUCAAGUUUAUGCACAACGCGUUCCUCCUAUCAGGUCAGGGAAAGAAGAACCCAUACACGUUUGAGGUCUCCUUGAUGGGAUCGCGCACAAUUUUCACUGCAGAUCCCGAAAAUAUUCGAGCCAUGCUCGCAACUCAGUUCAACGAAUUUGGAAAGGGCCAGCGCUUCAGGACAGAUUGGUUUGAACUCAUGGGGAAUAGCAUUUUCAACAUUGACGGUGACGCUUGGCAUACCUCGCGCCAACGUCUCCGGUCUCUCUUCACCCGCCAACGAGUCAGUGACCUUGUCUGUCUUGAGCGUCAUAUCCAGGAUAUGCUUCCAGCAUUAGCUGGUGGCCAAGUUGUGGAUAUAAAGGACGUCUUGAGCAGAUUUGCGCUUGAUGUCUCGGCAGACUUUUCCCUCGGGAGACAGGUGGAUUCUCUGACAAGCAAAGAACAUGACGCCGUCUUUGAGGCAUUUGAGCGCAUCCGUCACACUCAGUCCUUGAUUGAGCGGCUAGGCCCUCUGAACUUGCUUGUUCCGCGCCGGAAAUUCCGCAAGGACCUAGAGACCCUGAAUAAGUUUAUGGGGCCCAGCAUUGACAAGGCGAUAUCAAUGUCGGACGCGGAGCUAGCGGAGAUGGAUAAGACAGACCACGGAUGGACACUCCUUCAUGCAUGCGCUGGUGUCUCUCGAGACGCUCGGUAUCUGCGUGAUGAAAUGGUGUCGAUAUUGAUCGCUGGCCGAGACACCACUGCAACUACGAUGUCCUGGGCUUUCUAUGAGCUCGCGAAGAAUCCUGAAGUGCUUGCCGAGCUUCGACGCGAGAUUGUGAACAAGUUGGGCGCUGGCGCUGGAGCUCGUCUGCCAACUUAUGACGACCUCAAGAGCAUGACCUUUGUUAUUCAUACACCAGUCUACCACGCGGAGGUGGACCAGACGGGAAUGACCCCGUAG